AUGAAAACUGUAAUACGAGAUGUUAAGAGAAUAGCAUCACUAUCUGUGCGAACGAUAGCAGGACUUCAUUUAUUCACGGCGACAUGUUUUGAAAUCUCACAAACCGAAGGUGCUAGUAUGCUACCUACCGUCCAAACACGUGGUGACUUUUGUGUUGUGGACAAACGAUUCAGAAAUGGGAAUGGCAUAGAAAUGGGUGAUAUUAUAGUGGCUCGCAAACCGACUCAACCUGAUAGCUGGGUUUGCAAGAGAGUUACCGGUAUGCCCGGUGAUGUUGUCCUUAUAGAUCCGAGUCGGGGAAGCGUUGAUUCCCUAAGAGAAGGAUACUCUGAUCAGCUGGAACUUGAAAGUGACAAUGAUGAGCGUACCAGCCCUGAGUUUAAGUCAAGAUUCAAGGAGAUAAAGAUGAGUAAAUUAGGAUAUAAUCGAAGUCCAUAUGACCAGUUCAUCAUUGUGCCGGAUGGUCAUGUGUGGGUGACCGGGGACAAUCUAAGCGAUUCUGUGGAUAGUCGAACAUAUAGUGUAUUGCCAAUGGGUUUGAUUGGCGGGAAGAUUAUUAUUGGGAUGUAUUUGCACAAUUUGAUGGGAUUCAAAGGAGAAUAUUAUAGAUGGCUAGCAAAUACGUUCAGUGAGUGUUCGGUGGAGUAA